UACUUCCGUUCACAUUCCCCGCGAAACUGUGUUUUCAUUUUUGAGCAGAAUUGUAGCUACUGACCGAGAAAGCCAAAAUGUCAAGGAUAGAUAAAAUGAGCAUCCUGGGGGUCAGGAGCUUCGGAAUUGAGGACAAAGACAAACAAGUCAUCUCUUUUCGGCCACCUUUAACUGUUCUGGUUGGACCCAACGGAGCAGGAAAAACGACAAUUAUUGAGUGCCUUAAAUAUGCUACAUCAGGAGAACUUCCGCCUGGUUCUAAAGGAGGUGCUUUUGUUCAUGAUCCAAAGGAUGCCCAUGAGACAGAUGUGCGAGCUCAGAUUAAACUCCUCUUCACAGAUGUCAAUGGAGAAAAAGUCACCAUUCAACGCUCCAUGUCUUGCACUCAGAAAGCUAAAAACUACUCCUUCAAAAGCUUAGACCAGGUCAUAUCAAGAUGGAAAAAUGGUGAAAYAGUGAGCUUACCUGCCAAGUGUGCCGAGGUGGACCAGGAGAUGAUUUCUGCAUUGGGAGUAUCCAAGCCUGUGCUGAAUCAUGUUAUCUUCUGUCACCAAGAAGAGUCUAACUGGCCGCUAAGUGAGGGCAAAGCUCUCAAAGAAAAAUUUGACUCCAUAUUUGCUGCAACAAAGUAUAUCAAAGCUCUGGAGACGAUGCGUCAGCUGCGCCUCAAAAAAGGUCAGACAGUCAAAGAGUGUCAGGUGGAGCUGCGUUAUCUGAAGCUGAACAAAGAGAAGGCUCAGCAGAUCAGAGACACUGUGGCCACCAAGGAGGCUCAACUGACGGCCUCCAAAGACAGCAUCCAGCAGAUUGAGAGCCAGAUUGACCCACUUGAGGUCGUUUACAGCUGGAAGCUGAUCACCACAUUCAGAGCGUCAAGAAUCGGGAUGCACAGGUUCGUUCUCUAUCGACCUACCUGGAAAUGGAUGGUUACGACCGUCCGCCCUUCACCUCUCUGCAGCUUGGAGGCUUCCACCAACAAGUCACACAAAGACUGGAGCAGGAAAAAGUGACUUUUGAUGAGCUUAUGGCUGAUCUACAAGAAAAGGAGCAGCAGAAGCAGCAGGCCAUUGAUGAAAUGAGGGAUAAGAAGGCCGGCCUGGAGAGAACAGUAGAGCUGAAGAGAGACAUGCAGGGAAAAAAACAGCAAGAACUGAGGAACGUCAGGGCAGACCUGCAGAGGCUUGAGGGUUCAACUAGUCGGCUACAAGAGCUGGAAAAUGAAUUGGCUAAAGUGGAGCGGGAGCUGCAGCAAGCCGUUCAGCGCUCCAACGUGGAAGAGCUGAAGACGGAGAWUGAGCAACUUCAAAAAGAAAAGUCUGAACUUGACCGUGCACAGAGGCAGCUCGACCAAGAGAUUCAGCUGCUCAACAUGCACACAACUGCACGCACACAGAUGGAAAUGUUGAAAAGAGAUAAAACAGAAAAAGACGAGCAGGUGCGUAAGAUUAAGUCUCGCCAUGGCGAUGAGCUCGUGUCCCUCCUGGGUCAUUUUCCCAACAAGAGAGAGCUGGAGGAUUGGAUCUAUUCUAAGUCAAAGGAAAUCAAUAGCACCAGGGACCGACUUGCAAAACUCAAUAAGGAUCUGGCUUCAAGUGAGCAGAACAAAAAUCAUAUUGUUGCUGAGCUGCGUAAGAAGGAGCAGCAGUUAGUGAGUGAUGAAGAGAAGUUCUUCAGUGUUUGUGGCAGUCAGGAUCUGGAUCAGGACCUGAGCAAACUGCAGGAAGAUUUGGAGAAAGUAUCCAAACAAAGAGCCAUGUUAGCAGGAGCCACAGCAGUUUACACUCAGUUCAUCAGCCAACUGACAGAGGAGAGGGAACCCUGCUGCCCUGUGUGCCAGCGAACCUUUCCUUCAGAGUCGGAUCUGCAGGAAGUUAUUAACGACAUGCAGUCGAAGCUACGCCUGGUGCCAGACAAACUGAAGAACACCGAGCAGGACCUGAAGAAAAAGGAGAAAAAGAGAGAUGAGAUGAUAUCUCUUAAACCUGUGAGGCAGUCCAUUGUACAGUUUCAGGAGAAGGAGCUGCCGGAGCUGAGAAACCGUCUUCAGGCUGUUAACAGAGAAAUCGAGAGGCUCAAAACUGUUGUGGACGAGCAGGAGACUGUUCUCAAGACAUUGAUGUCUGAGGAGGAAACAGCCAAGGCCUGCCUGCAGGACAUCUCUCUUAUGGACAGAUACCUGAUGGACCUAAAAGAGUUGGAGAGGAAAAUAGCUCAGCACACAGCAAAGCUCCAGGGCGUCGAUCUGACCAGAAACAUUCAGCAAGUUAGUCAGGAGAAACAAGAAACUCAGCACAAGUUGGACACAAUCUCCAGCAAAAUGGAGUUAAACCGUAAGCUUAUCCAGGACCAGCAGGAUCAGAUCCAAAUGCUUAAAAGUGCAGUGAAUGAGACGAGGUCAGACAAYCUCAAGCUCAGCAGCGACAUGCAGAAACAGCAGCAGCUGGAGGAGCAGUGUGUCGAGUUCACCACAGAGAUCCAGGCUCUGACCAGGGACAUCAGGGGGGCAAAGGAACAACUGUUGCCUCUGUCUGCAACUCUGGAGAAGUUGCAGCAAGAAAAACAAGAACUGGCAGAGCGCAAGAGACAAAAACAUGAAGAAGGGCAAGAAAAGAUCAGGGCCAUUAAAGAGAGAGUGAAGAAAAUCAUUGCAUUCGAACAGGAGAUCACUAAAUACAAAGAUGAUGGAAAAGAUGCGUACAAAGAGCAAAAAGAGUCUGAGCUUCAGGAAACCCACACUCUGCUCCAUGAAGCUGAGAGGCAAAAAGAAAAAAUCAACAAAGAGAUGGGAAACAUUCGUCAGGACAUUGACACUCAAAAGGUCCAGGAGCGCUGGUUGCAGGACAAUCUGACGUUGAGGAAGCGUAAUGAGGAGCUGAAGGAAGUUGUGACUAAACGUGAAGCUCUCCUGAAAGAAAUGGGCAGCAUGCAGGUCUUGCAGCUACGCCGAGAACGCCGUGAAGCAGAAAACAAGCUAGAAGAUUUGAAGAAGAGCCGCAGCAUUGCUCUGGGUCGUCAGAAAGGAUUUGAAGAGGAGCUGCUAACUUACAGAAAAGAGUUGCGAGAGGAACAAUACGACAAAGCUGACGAGCUCUACAAAAACAAGAUGAUCACAAUGAGGACCACUGAGUUGGUCAUUAAAGACCUGGAUAUCUACUACAAAGCUCUUGAUCAAACCAUCAUGAAGUUCCACAGCAUGAAGAUGGAUGAGAUUAAUAAGAUCGUCAGAGAACUGUGGCGCAGCACCUACAGGGGUCAAGAUAUCGAAUAUGUGGAGAUCAGGUCUGAUGUGGACGAGAACUCAUCUGCUGGAGUGAAACGCAGGGUUUACAACUACAGAGUUGUUAUGGUGAAGGGAGACACAGCUUUGGAUAUGAGAGGACGCUGCAGUGCUGGUCAAAAGGUGUUGGCGUCCCUGAUCAUCCGUCUCGCCCUGGCAGAGACUUUCUGUCUGAACUGUGGGAUCCUGGCCCUGGACGAACCUACCACCAACCUGGACCGAGAGAACAUUGAGUCGUUGGCACAUGCUCUUGUGGAAAUCAUUAAGAAUCGCUCUCGCCAGAGAAACUUCCAGCUACUCAUCAUCACCCACGAUGAAGACUUUGUGGAGCUGCUGGGCCGGUCCAGCUACAUCGAACACUUCUAUCGCAUCCGUAAGAACCAGGACCAGAACUCAGAAAUCAUCAAGUGUAGCAUCUCCUCCCUCUCAUCCUACCUCCACUGAGCAAACACUUGACUCUGUUCUGCUUCAGAAAUACGCAGCAAUCCUUCAGACUUGUUCACUUUUAGUUUUCAGACUGUUGGAGGAAAUUCCACUUUCAAAUUACUCUCGUUAAAUAACUUUAAAGGUAGCAAAUUAAAAUAAUAUUUAAUGGCUCAGAUAWUGGCAGAUGUUCAUGAAAAAUGUUUUUUUCUGCAACUCAUCCUUUUUUUAGUUCUCUUAAAAAUUGAGUUUGUUUUCUCUGUUGGAAUAUUGUUUAGUGAUACCACAUUUACUUUUACCAUCAAAAGAGAAUUAAAUGCCUAGAAGAUGGUUAUAAAAUGAUUGUUUAGAAAUUGUUUGAACAUGAACACUAAGAGACAAACAGCAAAAGAUCUGAUGACCUGUUUCUGGAUGGGAAACAGUCCAAAUGUUUCAUUUUUGUAAAGUCAAAAAAAUACAUCAAAGUUAUAAAUGGAGGAGCUUUAAGUUGCGCACCUGUUCCAUAUUGAUGUCAAAAAURGGGUUGUUGCAUUUUUUAUGUUCAAAUAAUAAAUGUUUUCUCAUGCA